AUGUUAGUACAGGUGGACCUCUUGAACUCUUCUCCUAGCGCAGUUUAUGGGUCGGAUCAAAUCAAGGCAACCGGGUCUUCGAGGCACCAACCACUGGGCAAUGAAGCUCAGAGAGGCAGCGCUGAGGCCAAUGAGCAGGUGUCGAGUUUGCCCAAAUUGACCUCAGGAACUCGUCUCAAGUCGGAAGUCGGCGGUGGCGAUGGAGCAGAGGCUGGGAUCGAAGCAGAGGGCGUAACCUCAUCUAACAACAACUCGGCCACAAGUGCAGCAGCUUCAACAUCAAAGGCAACCGCAACAGCAACAGCAAAAGCCAUACAUUCUACAGCAGUUGCAACCAACACGAGCAAUUCUCCUGCUCAUCCAAAGCCUAGCAAACUGGGCAAA